CACACACACACACACACACACACACACACACACACACACAGAUCCUCCCUGUGAGCUUAAUGGUGAGAGCCGCACAUGCUGCAGGAGACCAACUUGGAUAGCAAACUUAUUCAAACAGAGAAAUGCUGACGACACAUCAGAGAGACAUCAAAGAGAAAGGACGACGGAAAUGAGAGAAGAUUUCCCCAUCAUCUGAUCCCAGCCUUGCCAUGGGAUGAGUUCCUGACAUCAGUGACUUGAGGUACUGUCUUUAUUAUCGUCUCAUAAAAAGUAUGAUAUCCAUCAGAAAAGAACCCACAUGAAAGAUGUGGGAGUGAAUAACCCCUUUCAAUACUCAAUAUUGCUGCGAUCACAUUGGAUGGACUUCUCAACACACUGGCCUUUCUUCCAAUCAUUCCUUUCUAAAAAAGGAGCUUGUCUCUUUCUUAGUGGAGCAACUUGGGUUUUUAAUGUUCAUUUGAGUGAUUGCUGGCACGCUCCAAGUUGAAGGGUCCUUAAGUUUAAUAGCGUCACACUAAAGCUAAAUGUGACAAAAGGAACAAAAACAAUUGUUCCAUACUUGAUGUUAGAAGAUGUUGGUUUAUGCAGCUCUUGUUGUAAAUGUAUCCACCAACACAGCUAGCUUGAGCAUUACCUCUGUUCCAAAGUAAACUUAUCUGAAUGUCUUCCAUGAUGAUGACAACACAAUGUUACACACUGUCAGUAAGUCAUCAUAAAUGUAGAUGUGUUUGAAGGGUAUAUGAGCCACACCCACUCCCCACUAAGUGGUGGUGAUCGAGGUUGUCGCUAUCGACUCGCUUCAGUUGAAAUGCAGGAGUCAGUGUUUUUGAAGCUUUACAUUGUUCAGCCUGAGGCAUACAAAGGAGUACCUAGGUUUCUGCUGAUUCAACUUUAACCUCUUAUUUCAAGACAUUUAUCUAGAAUUCUCUAAAAUUGAACAUUGCAGGUUUUCUUCAUAUCUUGGAGGACUUAGGUUAACCCACCAAAGAUUUAAAAUAGCGAUUUCUUUACUUUGUAUUGUUGGAAACUUUAAAUCACGUCUGACUAUGAUUAUAAGAGGAGUUUAAAACACAAAACAGGAGAGCAGCAGGUUUAUGGUCAAAGGAUUUAAUGCAUAAAGUGCUUUUUUAUAAACCCUGUUGACGAAGGCAAGAUAGCCCAAAACAUUUUGUGAUUAAAGAGUGCAUUUGUAUUUCAUGUUGACGAUCUUACAUUGGUCUGCACCUCAUUUUAGUGGGCAUUCUCAAACUAAGAACUUGCUGUACGACCAAAUGCAGAACCAUGAAAGCCUUUUUUUGUCUUCAAGCUUUUAAGCCUGAAGACAAGCCAACAGUCCCUGUUUAUGCCAAAAUGCAUUCAAUGAGAAUUUUGUUCUAAAAACAAUUUCACUUUAGAAGGUACCUACCAAUGAGAGCCUUACAUCAGUGACAUUUGAUGUUUUUUUGCCCUAAACGAGGGACUUUUCUCCCCCAUAGUGGAGUUGCAUCACAUGGGCUCUACUUACGACUGGAUGGACAGGGUGAACCAAAGCUGUAAUUCAUAAUGUACAACCUGAUAACUUUUACAUUUUAAGACCUGUUAUGUAAGUUAUGCAUCAACACUGCAGCUGUUUGUUAAUCAUUGUUUGUAAAAGAAAAUGUUUCUGAAUGUACCUUUUUUUAAACUUCAUGUCUGCUCUUUACUUCUCACUUUUCCUGUCAGUGACCGUCUCUUUAGUUAUGACGCACACAUGUAUAAAUAAUGGCUUUAAUGUUUGUCAGCCUUCCAAGAACACUUGUGUUGCUGGUUUACACAUGUGCAUGUUCACACACACAGUGCCUCUCAAGAGGAACUUCCUGUUUACUGCCAGCUGUGCCGCUGUGUAUCCUGACUGAGAGCCCCAACAGAUCCUGGCCUCUGAACUCUGACCCCUAACCCUGGAGGGGUGGGGGGGUAGAGUGAAAGAAAAUGCGGGGCACCACCCUCUUUGCCCUGCUCACGGGGGUCAUGCUCUACCUGGUGAUGGGUGCGCUUGUUUUCCGCACCCUGGAGGCCCCAGAUGAGGAUUUGGCGUACAAAAAAUUGCUGGCUACCAAGCAAACCUUCCUGAAGAAUAAAUCAUGUGUCACAGAGCAGGAGUUCUACAUACUUGUGAAGGGAGUAGCGUAUGCAGUGGAGGCGGGCCUGGAUCUGAACCACCUUCCUGCAAACUUCACCAGCCGCUGGGACAUGGCCUCUGCUUUCUUCUUCUGUGGUACAAUCAUUACCACCAUAGGUUUUGGGAACCUGUCUCCUCGGACGUGGUACGGCCAGUUGUUCUGUGUGUGCUACGCUCUAGUGGGAAUUCCCAUGUUUGGCAUACUGCUGGCUGGAGUUGGCGAUCACAUGGGCACAGUGCUGCGAAGAGCUGUGGCCAAGAUUGAGACCCUCUUCCUGAAACGUAAGGUCAGGCCGACCACUGUGCGUGUGAUCUCAGCGGUUCUCUCAAUCCUGGUUGGCUGUCUGAUCUUCCUCGCAGUUCCAACAGUCGUGUUUCAGAAAGUGGAGGAUUGGACAUUUCUAGAGUCGCUCUACUUUGUGGUCAUCACCCUCACCACUGUAGGCUUUGGAGACUAUGUACCAGGUGAUGGUCGGACAGAUGACGUGCUCUUCAAGCCCCUAGUGUGGCUAUGGAUUGUGUUUGGUCUCGCCUACUUUGCCUCCAUCCUCACCAUGAUCGGAAACUGGCUGAGAGUGCUGUCUAAGAAAACACGCGCUGAGAUGGAGGAGUUGAGGGCCCACGCUACAGACUGGACCCAGAACAUGGACUUCCGCAUCCCAAAUCCUCUGGAGUUCAAUGACCCAUUUCUCUUGCAGCGUCGGAAAUGGAAACGCAGCGAGCGUCGACGCAUGCGUCGAGGAGCCCAGGGCACUCUGGGACAAUGGGUCCGAGGAGGAUCUGAAAAUGGACACCUACCUAACCGCUGGGCUGGCCCCUCUAACUCAAUGAGUCAACUGCGGGCACGUUCGUCUCUUGAAAGGGCGGCGGCGCCUAAGUCCAGGCCGAGGGUCAGUGCUGAUGGAGCAGUCCCAACAGCAGGGCCUGGAUUGAGGGUUGACCCCCCUGUGGGUCUUCAUGUGGAGGGCAGGUUGUUUCCUCACUCAUUGGCCCGCUCAUUCUCUCUCCCAGUGGCCCCCUCCACCUCAGAGCUGGACUCAGCAGGUGCAGCCAUGCAGGAAGGAUCACUUUCUGGUUCUGAGUCUCCUUCUGACUCCAGAUCAGACUGCUCCUCAGUCUCCUCAUCUUUCUUGGCGCUCCACAUGUUCCAACCCUGCUGUACACUCCAGAAAGAGGGAGGAAUGAAAGCUACAGACACUAAUGUGGCUCAGGAGAAAAACAAAGAUAUUCCUGCAGAGAAGUGUGGAUCUGUAGCAAACUACUUCCAUCACACACCUGCCCCUCAUUUAAUCCGUCGCUCCUCCUCUCCUUAUCCCCCUUUUCUUCCUUCUUCUAGCAAUCAGAUCCUUUUUCCCUCAGUUCCCCUCAACAUUGCCUCCUCAUCCGGCUGCCAUCUGCUGGAUUUCUUUGGAGAGAACCUUGCGUACAUUGACGAGUCCUCAGACACUCUGAGUGACCGCGUCCAGUCAGCAGGCAGUGAGGAGAAGAGGAGACGGCCACGAAAACCCAAAAGGAAGAGCAUGAGGAGGCAGCUCUCUCACAGAUUGAGCCCAGCGCAAGUGAAGAGGCCCAGCGUUGACAUGCAGCCUCCUUCAAAUCCCCCGACACCACCUCCAGACUCUUCUCUCUCAGACCUGCCACCAUCUGAGGGCCUGGCCGGGUCAAACACAGAGAGCAACCACACCAAGCACGCAGGGUCAAGAGGAGACAAAACAGAUUAAUCUACACCAAAACUAGGACUCUUAAAGUGACAGCAUGAGUACCACAGCCAAAACUCACCACAAUGAAUGUAGUUGAUGUUCAAGAAUAUUUUUUUGUAUCCAUGGCUUGCCUCACAAAAUCAGCCCGCAAAUUUUGCUGUGUUGUCUUUUUGAUUUGGCAAAGCUAAGAAAACAUUUGCUCAGGUCAGAUAACUACUAGGCUGUACUAGUAGUUGGUAUAUUUUGUCCUCAAAUAGAGGGAUAAAGAGACAUCAACAUGAACUAAAUCAUUGUAUUCAGAUAGUUAUAAUGAAAUAACAUAACUGAUGUUCUUCUUGAUGGCAUUUGAUUGUCAAAAAUAAAUAAAUGAAAAUGUCAAUUAUCAAUCACCACAUGGUGUCUAUAAUGUACAAUAGACCUAUGUGCUUCUAGGUGAGCUUGUUCAUUCCGAUUUCAUUACAUCAAUAAUGAAAAAGUAAUUUUACUUAAAACACAAGUCAACCUCUUGGUGGUGCUAGAGGAAAAGUCAUAGGCGGGUCAUACAUUGCUUUGGAGUCAACAUGUGAGAAGACAAAAGUUUGAGACAGAACAAAGAUCAUUCAGUCCCGAUUAAAGAAAAGGAUGGACUCACUUUGCCCAGACAUUUUUACAUUUAUCUAUCUGUCCAUCUGGAGACAUGAAUAGGCCUCUCAAAUCAUGCUGCUUUGUAAAUUCAACCACAACUAGUGUAAAUAGCUGGUCACAAAUUUUGUUGAUUUAAAGAGACAGAGUCAUCACUAUUAAAACUCUUUGGUGAUUA